AGUUUGUCUUGAACUGAGGCUACCCCAAUUUAUUCAACUGGCUGCAAUGCUUUUCCGUCCCCAAUCCCCAUAUUCUGUAUUCUUAUCCCAUUGGCUCUAAUAUUAUUAAUCUGGAUCUCGGCUCGGCCUUUCGCUCGUGAUCCUUCGGCUGCAUUGUCCUUUUUGCCCUCCGCAGAUCAAUAUUGUCCUAGAUACCGCGGUUCAUUCGCCAUCUCCGGACUAUAACAUAGCGCGGCCAUUCUCGCGGGGCAGUUGGUCUUUUUUCUAUCUCAUACACUUCUUCAAGACUCAAGGAAAAUUCCUGCAACGUUCCUGCAGAAACAGUGUAGCCAGAAUCAUGUCUACGCCACAGCAACGGUUGUCCUCGAUCGCUAACCAGGUCGCUGGUUCAAAUGUGUCGGCGAAGAGCAAGCUGUUGGCCAAGAAUCCCGAUGAUAUCGUGAUCACGCUUGCUGUUCGGACUCCUCUCACAAAGGCCAGAAAAGGUGGUCUGAAAGACACCACAAUAGAUAAUCUCCUUCUUUCAUUGCUUACAUCUAUCCGCGAAAAGUCCAACCUCGACCCCAACCUUGUUGAAGAUGUCUGUGUCGGUAACGUGCUUGCGCCUGGUUCCGCAUACAUCGCCCGCUCCGCGGUGCUUGCAGCUGGCUUCCCUGUGACGGCCGCCGCCUCCAUUGCCAACCGAUUCUGUUCUUCUGGAUUGCUGGCGAUCCAGAACGUCGCUAACCAGAUCAUGGCUGGUUCCAUCGAUAUCGGUAUCGCUGUCGGGGCCGAGAGCAUGAGCACCAACGCCGAUGGAGGAGCCCCAGAGAUGUCGGCUCAGAUCAUAUCGCAUCCUAUUGCCUCCCAGAACAUCCAACCCAUGGGCCAGACCUCGGAGAACGUCGCUGCCCAAUUCAACAUUUCCCGAGAGCAACAUGAUCAGUUUGCCGCCAAGAGUUAUCAGAAGGCCGAGCGCGCGCAAAAGGCCGGUUGGACUGCCGACGAGAUUGUGCCCGUCAAGACGCAAGUCAGAGAUCCCAAGACAGGUGAGGUAAAGGACGUCGUCGUUGAUCGUGACGAUGGCAUUCGUUAUGGCACCACUGCUGAGUCCCUCGGCAAGAUUCGCUCUGCUUUCCCUCAGUGGAAGCCCAGUGCCACAACCGGUGGCAAUGCCAGUCAGAUCACGGAUGGCGCCGCCGGUGUCAUCCUUAUGAAGCGGUCUCGUGCCCAGGAACUCGGACAGCCCAUCAUUGGCAAGUUUUGCGGAGCUACAGUUGCGGGUUUGGAGCCUAGAAUCAUGGGUAUCGGCCCUUCCAUUGCUAUCCCCAAGAUUCUGUCCAAGUUCAACCUGACCAAGGACGAUAUCGAUAUUUUCGAGAUUAACGAAGCAUUUGCGUCCAUGGGCGUCUACUGUGUUAGCAAGCUGGGUCUUGAUGAGAGCAAGGUCAAUCCCAGAGGUGGAGCGAUCGCACUGGGUCAUCCGUUGGGCUGCACCGGCGCUCGCCAGGUCGUUACUGCUCUGUCUGAGCUCCGCCGUCAGAACAAGAGAAUCGCCGUUACCUCGAUGUGUGUCGGAACUGGCAUGGGUAUGGCCGGAAUUUUUGUUUCGGAGCAUUAAGAUAAAUGUUUAAAGAUUUAGCUUGGGAAUUGAUGAAGAGCCGUCAGUUUGGGAAUGUCCGCCUUGUAU